UGCUUCUCUUUUUACUGUUUUGUUCAUGUAGUAGAACACCAGGUUUUGGACAGAAGAGCAAACAGUGCCUUUAUGUUGUUAAUCAAGGGCUUCUGGCUAAAUAGAGGAUGUUAUUCUGUUCGCAGUUCCAUUGGAGAUCUGUCUUCUUUGGGCUAAGUAACUUUGUCGUGCUGCAAAUAUCUAGUUUGCAUUAACCAUGAUUACAUUCCUUGUGUCUGUUAUCCAUAUCUCUGGUUCAAGUUACGGUUGUUUAGUGAUCAUUGCUGAUAGUCUGGCUGAUGUCAUGAUGCACUUCAGAGUUUACUUGCCCUGUGAGGAGUACUGUACUAUGCAUUAAAAUCAAGAUAAGGGAUUGAUACGAACAUGAAAUCCCAUACUCUGAAUCUUUAUGUUGGUGAUGGGAAAAUAGUUAUACCAGGAAACCUCUUGACUUUCAGUUUCUAUGGCAAACUUUGUAACAUUGUGGUGAUGAAAGUGAAAGGAACGGAUGGUGCAGAGCUGACUGUCCCGGACAGUGCCAUUUCCAGUGAUAUGCAUGAGCCAGACCUUGAAAGAUCCGAUUUGGAGACAAGUACAUUAGAUUUGUCCUUCCAGCUUGGCCAGAUGGACAUUGCUGAUAGUCCAGAGGUGACAUCUGUGAGUACACCGAACAAACCAUUGGAUCCAGGAUCACCAGCUACACCCAAUUCUACUGUGGCAGCCAGUGGUCAACACUCUGGUCGGGGAGACAAAACCUACAGCAAGGGAGAUGGUGCAGACCUCAGAAGUGACUUGGAGCUGACUGGGAGAGGAAGCAGUGAGGGACUUGCACUAGCUGGCAAAACUGGAGCGAUGAGCAAUACAGAUGCUUUUUAUUUCAUUUCUUCAAGAACUAGAAUAAAUUUUAUUGAAACGAGGACCAGCGUAGCAGAAGAUGGUGACUGUGAAUCCCGAGUCACCUAUGAUAUGAUAGGAGGCUUAAGCAGCCAGAUCAAAACUAUCAGAGAAACAAUUGAACUGCCCUUGAAGCAAACUGAACUGUUCAAGAGUUACGGAAUCCCUCCUCCUAGAGGAGUGCUAUUAUAUGGCCCUCCAGGGACUGGGAAGACUAUGAUUGCCAAAGCCAUUGCAAAUGAAGUUGGCGCUCACAUUACUGUUAUUAACGGGCCUGAAAUAAUAAGCAAGUUUUAUGGGGAAUCUGAAUCAAGAUUACGUCAGAUAUUUGCUGAAGCUUCCCUGUGCUGUCCCUCCAUUAUAUUUAUAGAUGAGCUGGAUGCUCUUUGUCCAAAGAGAGAAGGGGCUCAGAAUGAAGUUGAAAAGAGAGUUGUUGCUUCAUUGCUGACAUUAAUGGAUGGCAUUGGCUCAGAAGGCAGUGAAGGGCAGCUCUUGGUGCUUGGGGCCACUAAUCGUCCUCAUGCACUGGAUGCAGCACUGCGCAGACCUGGGCGUUUUGAUAAAGAAAUAGAAAUUGGAAUUCCUAAUGCCCAAGACCGUCUGGACAUACUCCAAAAGCUUCUUAAGAAAAUUCCCCAUUCACUCACAGCAGCAGAGUUGGUGCAACUGGCUGAUAGUGCACAUGGUUAUGUGGGUGCAGACUUAACAGCCUUGUGCAAGGAAGCAGGUUUAUAUGCAUUGCGGAGAGCACUGGGGAAAAGACCUAACCCAUUAGACAACGAGGUGGCUGGGUCAGUGGUGAUUGCUUUCAAUGACUUCCUGCAGGGGAUGAAUGAUGUCAGGCCCAGCGCCAUGAGGGAGGUGGCGGUUGAUGUGCCAAAAGUAAGUUGGUCAGACAUAGGAGGACUAGAAGAUGUCAAGCUGAAACUGAAGCAGGCAGUUGAAUGGCCUCUCAAGCAUCCUGACUCAUUCAUGCGAAUGGGGAUUCAGCCUCCAAAAGGUGUGCUGCUUUAUGGACCUCCUGGGUGCUCAAAAACAAUGAUAGCAAAAGCUUUGGCUCAUGAAAGUGGUCUCAACUUCUUGGCAGUGAAGGGCCCUGAGCUGAUCAAUAAAUAUGUUGGUGAGUCUGAACGAGCAGUGAGAGAGAUCUUUAGGAAAGCCAGAGCAGUGUCUCCUUCGAUUCUUUUCUUCGAUGAAAUAGAUGCCUUGGCAGUUGAAAGGGGAAACUCUUCAGGUGCUGGAAAUGUAGCAGACCGUGUCUUGGCUCAGUUAUUAACGGAAAUGGAUGGGAUAGAGCAGCUGAAGGAUGUGACAGUUUUGGCAGCUACAAACAGACCGGACAUGAUAGACAAGGCCUUGCUGAGACCAGGACGAAUAGACAGAAUUAUUUACGUGCCAUUGCCAGAUGCAGCCACUCGUGGGGAGAUCUUCAAACUUCAUUUUCGGUCCAUGCCUGUCAGUGAUGAAGUCUGCUUAGAGGAGCUCAUUCAGCACACACAGAAAUACUCAGGAGCAGAGAUAACAGCAGUCUGUAGAGAAGCAGCCCUCGUAGCCCUCCAGGAAGACAUACAUGCUGAAUUUAUCAUGGGACGCCACUUUCAGCAUGCACUGACUGUCGUGACCCCAAGGAUUCCCGAUUCCUUAAUCCGCUUUUAUGCAGAUUAUCAGCAGCAAAGUGGACUGCACGCGCUUUGAAAGGCAAAUUAAUACAUACCCUCAUUCACCGUGUGAAUAGCAAAUUUCCUUUGUAAAGCUGUCAAAAGCCAAAGAAUUUUGUGUGCUGAGUGGAGUGUCCAAAGUUAACGGCAGAAUUGUAAUAAGUGCUCGUGUGCGAGCUUUGAGUGUAACAAAUAUUGUCCAAAACUUUUAUGGUUUACAAUUUCAAUGGUCUAAUCUGCAUUUUGGAGGUAGUAAGAUCACUGGUUUAAGUCAGUCUAUAUGUGUCUAUAUUGGCAUAUCAAAAAAUAAUUAUCAAAUUCUGAAUUUUUGGUGGAUUCUUGGCCCUAAAGAAAGUAGCAACAACUGUCAUUACUAUCUUCAUUUCUUCCUGCAUCAACCACAGUUUAAUCCCAGAAACUAUCCCAGUGAGGCACAGACCUGGGGAGUGGCCUCACUGCAAAAAAAUGCUGAAAAUUAUUGUGAAUCUUUUGAUUUAUGAUCUCCAGAAAAGCUGCCAAACAGGCUUGCUGAACAUAGAGCUUUCCAUGACCAAGCUAAGGUAUCCUGAUUGAUUACAGCAAAACAUUUAUCUUUGGUCUUAAACAACUCCUUUUUACACAUACCAGGAAGUAGGCACCUUAAAAAUUGUAUAUCCCCUGGCUAACCUGAAAUCACUGCCAGGCUCAGUGGAAGAUGUUGUUUGGUUAUUUGUUUCCAUCAAAAUAAAUAGGGAUGUUGAUUGGUAAUUUAAAGCUGGCCACUUAGAAUCCUAAUGAAUCCUAAUUAAUGAGUAACAAAACCUUCUUGCAAAAGCUGUUAUUAAUGGCCACAAAUUAGUUCAGGAACAGAUAAAAACUUUUCAACUUGUUAUAUCAUCUGUUGAGAUGGUGAAGGGUCAUUAUGGGCUCUUGCUGAAACGCAGUUACACAAAUUCAUUUUCAGCUGUUUUCACUACAAUAGAAAGACUGAGCUUUUCUGUUCUGUGAAAAAACAAAGGGAAAGGUAAGGGAAAAUCAAUACAAACUUUCUCUUUUUAAAAAAAAGAUGACAAAAACCUGAAUUUCAAUUGGUAAUUCUGUGUUUUCCAGGUGUCUUGCAGCUAAAUAGAAGAAUUUACAGGUCAAAAUUUUAGCCAAAUCCUGCUUUCACUUGUUGGAGUGAGCAAGAAAUAUAAUUUCAGGAUUUAUCCAAGGGGGUUUUUUUUUCAUUUGAUAAUUGGUGGGUUUUUUCUUUCUUGCAGUCAUUCUGUAUGUAUUCAUGAGAGAGUAAUUAUUUAGAAAUUUGUAUCAUUUUAUGGGAAAUAUGAGUGUAUUUGAGAGGUUUCUACUAUAUUUACUUAUAUUAUCAAUCUGAAAUGCAAAACAUAAUCUCUUGUCCUUGGUUAUGGUUUUUCUCUCGUUACUUAGUUCCUUUCUGUACACAAUUUGUAGCUUUUUAA